AUGGUUUGGUGGCCAGUGAGUGUUUCAACACCUCUUCCAAUGGAGGGACAAAGGAUGUCAGAAGAGAAAGACAAAGGUGGACAGGGAGGUGCAGCACUCUACAGAACUGAAGGACCCUUUCUGCACAGCGUUCGUCUGUCUACGUCUCCAGACAGAGUGCAGGCUGGGAAGACUUUUGUUGUGAAGGUUUCUGGAAACCUGGCUGGACGCCCCAACCAGCCCACAGGGAUUCCGUGUCUGGAAGGGCAGGACCUCUCUUACGUCACUGUUGAGUUUCAAGAAACGACCCCUGAAGGUCAAAGUUCACAUCAUGUCAAUGUGUUGGAUGACGGCUCCUUUGUUGUGUCAUCUGAUUGGAUUUUGGAAACUCCAGGAAAAUAUGAGCUCAACGUCAGUGUCUCCAACCCCCUCUCCACCCUCUCCUCCACCCUCCACCUCUCCGUCUUGCUGCCCUCUCCAGGCAGCUUGGUGGUCUCUGUGCUUCAUGGCCCCCUGGGUGUCCCCUCCUGCGUCCCUUUCCCACAGACAGACUCCACCAGUGUGACCAUGGAGGCAGGGUACCUGGGCGACCCUGUCACACUGCAGGCAUGCAUGCGUGAUGGUCUGGCAGUAGAGUUUUUCUGGCAGUUUACUCACAAGGAAAAAGAGAAAAACAUGCCGGGUGUAAAGACGACGUGCCUUCCUGACUCAGACUGUCUGAACAGCACUGUGGUGGUCAUGCCUCUCGCCGUCUCUGACCUCAGAGUGAGUGUAUCAGAGAAUCAGCUGACCUCCGGAGAGGACGUCUCUGUGGAUGUGGAGCUGUUCACCACCAUGAAGCACCUGCUCGUCCUCGACCUCACACUGAACGCUGAGCACGGCAGCGUUGACAUGAAGGACAAUGACAAUAAAAACAUCAGUAACAGCUUCAAAAUUACUCACCAAGAAAACAGUGAUAAUCACAGCUGUAACGUCAGUAACCAUGGCAACAUCAGCUACGAUCACAGUCUUAAUCAAAACCACAAUAACAUCUGCUUGGUCCCUCUUCGUCUCCUCCACACCUCGAACCGCUCCAGCUGCCAUUUGCACCUCCAUCUUCACUGCCGCCUCCCCACCACUGCAGGCCGGUAUCACCUCAUGGCGUCUCUUCUCUCCACCUCUGACCCUUCGUCAGUGCUGCUCUCCGCCGUCCUGCCUCGAGCUUUGAUCGUGCAUAUAUGUGCCCUGAGGCCUUCUGGGAGUUGGAAGUCAGCAGUUUCAACACAAACAGAAUUCAGCCUGGAGGUUGUCGGCCCUGCCAGUCGAAUGGGGUCGAAAGUGAUGUGGAUUCAUGCAGCAAAGCAAGCGUAUCCCACAAAUACAGAUAUAACUUUCCUAGCUGUGGCUGAAGUACCGGACCCUGUGGAGUUCCUCUGGCACUUUGGAGACUCCAGAUCAGACCGAACCACCUCAAGGACUGCCACCAAAAGAUACCACAAACCUGGCAGGUAUGAUGUAGUUGUAGUCAUGUCAAGUGGCCGGACAUCCCUUACCUCCGACGUGUUCCCGAUGGUGGUCCAGAGAGCGGUGAAGCUCAACAGGCUGCUCCACCCGGCUUCUGUCCUGCUGAACCAAACGGUGACAAUGAGCUGCAGGGUCAGUGUGGGGACUGACGUCGCCUUCCUGUGGAGCUUUGGAGACGGAUCAUCCCGGCUGGGACAGAGCACAGAGCAGCACGUCUUCCACACGACAGGAGAGUUCAGAGUGGACGUAACUGUGUCUAACCUGGUCAGUUCUGCCUCUCUAAGUGGUCACAUCUUUGUUGUGGACUGGCCUUGUCAGCCUCCACCGGUCAAAAACAUGGGACCUCUCAAACUUCAGGUGAGAAGAUUUGAGGUUAUACGUCUGGGAGUGACCUAUGAGACGGAAGUUGACUGUGACAUUUCAGGAGGCCUUCACUACACCUGGACCUUGUUUGACUCUGCAGGACGGGUCUUCCCUUUGCCUCUUGUAGACACACGCAGACAGAGCCUCAUACUGCACAGCCAUCUCCUGCACUAUGACACCUACACUGCCAUAGCGAGGGUUCAGGUCAUUGGCAGUGUGGUGUACAGCAACUACAGUGUGAGGGUGCAGGUGAUACCGAGCCCUCCUGUGGCCUUCAUCCAGGGCGGCACCAACAUCUUCAUUAACAACAGGAACACCACCGUGGUAACCCUGGACGGGCAGAGAUCUCAUGACCAAGACUUCCCCAUGAACUCAGUCAGCUUCAGUUGGACAUGUAAACCAGUCAGCUCCAUCUCCACCUCCUGUUUCCACCAUGAAGUUCCCACUUCAUCCCCUGUGCUCGUAUUUCCUGCAGGUCUCCUAAAACACAACUUCGACCAGUUCCAGUUCACGCUCGCCAUCCACAGCGGUGAGCGCUCAGCUUCAUCAGAGACCUUCCUCACAUUGACGCCAAGUGUGAUCGGGAAGGUGACAGUUCACUGCCCUCAAUGCAUCGGAGACCAGGUGAACUGGGAUCAGUCCUUCUCUGUCAGCGCCCUGUGUGAAGGCUGUGAUAUUUCCCUAAAAUACAUCCAGUACACCUGGAGCCUGUACUUAGUCAAUGCCUCAUCCAAGCCUGUCAUAGAAGUCCCGUUUUGUUACACAGUGGAUCUCAGUGCUCCGUCCACCAUCAUGGAGGGUCCUGCCAACUCCCCUCAGACUUCCACCCUGCAUCCACCUGCCACAGAUGCUUCACAGUACACCCGUGCUGACGAUACCUCUGCUCCUAGAGGUUUGACAGAACCCGAGCCCUCGCCUAUCUCUUCUCUCGUCAACAUAAGAACAGCAGGCUCAGGAGAGGAGCCCUUUUAUCACCCUCUGGGGGAGUCUGACCCUGCAAAGCCUUUGUACUCCUCCACUGAAUACCCGCCACUUACCUUUGACAACAGUGGCGUCCUAUACUCAGACCACUUUGGCCGGAGUGACGUUAUCAGUGAAUUCCCAAUUGAUUCUGACUCCUCUGCUGACUGGGAGUUUUCUUUUCCUGUCCUGGAGAGUGAUGACUCGGGAGGUCGACAAGGUGAGACAAAACUGAAUUAUGAUGUUCCUUUGAUGAGCGCUGAGGAAGGAGACCCAGGGAUUUCAGCAGGAAGACCCACAGAUGUGGAUGGUGAGAGCUUCAGUCCAGGAGAUGAUUCAGCGUUUGAUCCAGCGUUACAUAAAGACGAGGGGAGUAAUCUGGUGGACUCAAGACCAUCUGUUGUGAUCCAGGAGCCCAUCUUGCUCGAUUUACCCCGAGACCCAGUAGACAGAGGCCUUUUUGAGUCCUACACUUACACAGGCAUUUCCUCCCCUUCGCUCAGCUUCAGACCGUUCAGUCUGAGGCCUGGGAGCAGAUACAUGUUGGAGGUCACUGCUAAAUCUCAUAAUAGUUUUCUGGGCCGGACUCAGCUAUUCUUAAAAACUAACCCUGCUCCAAAAGGCGUGAUGUGCCAAGUGCAACCAGUCAAAGGAAUGGAGUUAUAUACACACUUCAGCAUCUUCUGCACCUCAGGGAAAGAGGACUUACUGUACAAGUACAGCAUCAGUGUAGGAGACAGACCUCCCAGGAUGCUGUAUCAGGGGAGAGACUUCCAGUACUAUUUCAGCCUUCCUUCUGGUGACCCCAGUGAUGAUUAUAAAGUAACAAUUUACACAGAGAUCAGAAGCAGCACGUAUGGGAUGGCCACUAAACCCUGUCCCGUCACCGUCCGAGUCCAACCAAGCUUCUUCAUAGACACCUCUUCUUCUUCUUCUUCUCAUCUUGAUCCUGAUCUGGAGCUCUCAGAGUCAGGUUUGAGGAACCUGUCAGCUCUGGUGCGGCUUGGAAACAGUGUGGAGAUUCGUAACUACAUCAGUCUCCUCUCCAGCAUCCUGAACAGACUCAGCCUGGACACCGAGGCCAACACACACGCACAGAGACGCACACGCAAUGUGCUCAUUUGCACAGUGUGUGAACUCGAGAGCAGUGGACAGGCAUCGAUGGUGGACAACAUCUCCAUUCUGAAAAACCUUUUAGAAGUUACAAGUCAGGUGACAUUAGCGAGUGCAAGACGAGUGACAGUUCACGUUAAGGUCAUCUCAGAGCAGUUUUUGGAGUCCAGUGCUCCAGUCUGGUACUUUCUGGAGCAGAAGACACUCAACACCCUGGUGGCCCUGCUCUCAUACAGCCUGCAAGCUGCUGUCACUAGUAAUAACUUCACAGCAGAAACGUCCACCAGUGCUGACAUUACACAGGCAUUAGAAUCAGACCCACACGAUGGAAUACAGGACUCAUCCAGUGGUGUUUACAUCAGACGAGUAGGAUCGAUUUCAACAAAGCAGGCGGUGCGGCUUGUAGCUGAUAUUCUGCAGACUGCUACACGCCUGAUGCUGAAGUACAUCCUGAUCCAUAAGGUUGAGGAGCACAGAGUCAGCACUGGUCUUCUCGCCUUAUAUGCCACACACCAAAACCAAACCUUCUCAGUCAUCAGCGGUGACUCAACCACCUUCUACAUGCCUGCCUCCCUGAUCCAGCUUCUGUUUGUUCAUGGCAGUACAGAGACUGAGAGUAGACUGCAUCAACCAUGUGUGCUCAGCAUGCUGACUGAGCUCACCCGCAGCCCUUACACCUGGGCCCACGAUCCUGGAACGCUGAGUGGACCAGUGGUUGACCUGAGUCUGUACAAGUGCAGCACGAGGAGAAAGAUCCCUGUUCGCUCCCUCAUUCAGCCCAUAAACAUCGAGCUGCAACAACCACCAAGAAACAGCUCUGUGCCCGAAUACGUCCUCCUACGCAGCCAGGUAAACUACCACACCUUCAACUUUACCCAGGAGCACUUGCAGCAGGCCAUCCAGCUGAGUGUGGCGUUCACGCCGCCGCUCAACAAGGCGUUUCCCAUCAUGCUGCUAUUCAGGAUGUUUGAGAGGCCGACUCCCAGCAUGCACCAUCUGCACAGGAUUCACCACUGGGAGAGCAACACCACCCGUUUCACUCUGCCCCCAUCCUACCUCAGUGCUGCAGGGGUUGGUCACCUGGCCCUUUUGAAUGCUGAUUUUGGGAAAGGACCCAGACUCAAGCAUCUGAGUGAACAGGUCAGCUACAGUCUCACAGUGGACACCAGCCUGUGUUUGUCCUGGGACGGCCACCAGGGGGCCUGGACACACCACGGCUGCAAGACACAACAAGCAGACACAACUACUGCAGUCAACUGCAGUUGUCACCAGUUGAGGCCGCUGACUGUGGUGCAGCAGCAGAUCCAGAGCAGCCAUGACACAACCGGCCUGGACCCAUUUCUAAGUGUGUCCGGUGAUCUGACAGUACUGGGAGUGCUGGUGCUCUGUGUGUGCCUGUACAUCCCGUGGUUGGUGGUGUGUAAGAGAGCUGAUGUCGCCUCCGAGGCGAAUCGGAGAGUCCACUACCUCUCUGACAACUCCCCAUGUGAUCCAUAUCUCUAUGCUGUUACAAUCCACACUGGUCUCUGCUCUGCAGCCUGUAUGAGUGCAAAGGUUUACAUAGUGCUGAAUGGUGAAGAUGGGUUCUCGCAGACAAGAGAACUACAAGUCCCAGGAUGCACUCUGUUCAGGAGGAACUCUCAAGACACCUUUAUAGUCAGUGCAGCAGACAGCCUGGGCCCAGUGAGGGGGGUUCACAUCUGGCAUGACAACUCUGGACCCUCCCCGAACUGGUACCUCAAACAAGUUGAGGUAUCCGAGGUGAGCAGGUGUCAUGUGAAACAACGUGCUUGGCUCUUUGUCGGUCAGUGCUGGUUGGCUGUGAACAAAGCUGAUGGCCGGGUGGAGAGAAUGCUGCGAGUUUGCACUCAGGGAAUAGGCUUUUUUAAGAUGUUGUGUCUCAAGCUAUCUGACUACUUGGCCGACUAUCACAUCUGGAUAUCUGUAUACAGCUGCCCCUGCCCUAACUCGUUCACACACACUCAAAGACUUGGCGUGAGCCUGCUGCUACUGUUGGGAAACGCUUGUGUCAACACAGUGAUCAUAUCACAAAUGGAUAAUCGGUUGCCUUUCGAGUUGGGAAUCAUAGAUGUAUCGGCUGUUUCUGUGACAACUGGAGUAUUAGGUGUGGUGGCAGCGUUGCCCGUAGCAGCAAUUAUAUCAUUCCUGUUCCGACUGCGUGAGGUCAAGCUGACAGGGUCAGGAGGCCAACUCACGAAGGGCAGAAAGACUGAAAAGGACCUUUUUGAAGGUUUGUACUUAAAAAGAGGCACGGACCUGCUGUCAGUGUCCACUACGAUUCUGGAAAAUAAAAACACAGAUAAAGAACCUGUAAUCCAAACAGAUGAAGUCCUACGAAAGGAGGACGCUUCAGCAGUUGAGAACAACAUGGGACCAACGCUUCAAAAUGUGUUGCUGAUUACUGAGAGGAACAAUGUUGAUCAAACACCUCAGGAAAAAGAGUUUGAUCUGUUGAGUGAAAGCAGCAGGUUUCCUGGGACCCAGAGAGCUGUUUUGUCCGGUAAGAGGGAUGGAGUUAAAGCUAUUCAGAAGGAGAAAGAUCCUCAAGGAAAGUGUUCAUCUGACUGCAGCUUUGAGGAAGACGGCCAUCACCAGGCAGCGUGUCCUGGUCACCAACUCAUCAACAGGCUGAGAGGGAGAGAAUUCAGACCAGUAUCUCAGUGGUGUCACCAUCUGGCCUGGACUCUGUGUCUGCUGUUGGCCCUCUCCUGCUUGCUGCUUUCUGCAGUGCUGGGAAUGAGGUUCAGCAGCAGCAAGGUUCUGCUAUGGAUACACUCUCUUUUCUUCUCCCUGAUGUCUUCCAUCUUCAUCAUCCAGCCAGCCGUGCAUGUUCUUUUCCUUUUCCAGAUAAUUACAGUGGCCGUGGCUGUCUCCUUGUGGUACAGGAAAAGAUCAGACUUUCAUAGUUUCUCCAGUAUAAGAGAGAUUGAGAAAGGUACUAUAAGACUGUGGAGUAGCAACGGUGUUAAGCAACCAGCAGAGCAGUUUGGGACAUCUGCCUUUCCCCAGGAAAGAUGCUCAUACCUUGAAAAGCUGCUUGCAGCUCGUCAGCGAGCCCGGUACCUCCGUCUUGUGCGUCCGCCGACUCCAGCAGAGCUGAGGAAAACCCGUGGGAAGAGAAGAAGAGAGACACUCAUCCAUAACACUCUCAGGGAUUUAUCCGUCUGUGGCUCCAUGCUUUUCCUGAUGCUGUGUAUAAAUUAUGGCAGCUCAUUCACUGACCAUUACCACCUCAAUAAAGCUGUCAGAAAACAGUUUAUAAGGGGCCAAGAUGAUGCAUUUAUGUCAAUGCAAAAGCAUGAGCACUGGUGGAAGUGGGCACAGACCAGUCUCCCCAAUUUACUGUACAAGAAUGCAUCAGCAGCAACUGAGUCACACAUCUUGAUUGGAGAGCCAAUCCUGUGGAGGACGGAGGUGUCCAGCUUGUUGCAGGGCCCGGUCUUAGUUCCUAUGGCAACGCCUCCAAGGACAUGUGGUCACCUGGGCUGCUACUUGGGACCAAGUGCUACAGUUGGCUUAGGCCACACAAAGACUGAUGCUGCGUCCAAACUAAAGCUCCUGCAUUCAGGUGGCUGGCUGGCCAGACAAACAAUGUCCGUCCACUUCACCUUGUUCAGCCCUGCCCCCAACUUGUUCACCAGUGUGACCAUGCUCGCUGAGCAGAGCCCCACCGGCGUUCUGCUGCCCUCUGUCAAAGUCCAGUCAGUCAGGGUGUAUCACACUUCUGCUGUGUGGGACUAUGUUGUUAUGGUGUGCCAGCUCCUCUUCCUUCUCUUGUCUCUGCUGCAACUCUGUAAUCAAGUGCACACUGUAGGGCAGCAAGGGCUGAUGGGAUACUUGAGGAAACCCUGCAACUGGUUGGAAGUCAGUGUGCUGACAGUAUCUUUAGUGUACUUUGUUUAUUACAUCUAUCACUCCAUUAUUAUCUUGGAGGUUGUGGAGCUGCUCCAGAGACACAACUACACGGGACAUGUUGAUGUCAGCCUCCUGGCUACCUGGGAACAAUAUAUUCGUACUCUGCGUGGCGCUACGCUCUUCCUUCUCACCAUGAAGUGUGUGAUUGUGUUGAGGGUGAACAGGACUUUGGCCGCCUCUGCUACACUCCUCACCCGCUCACUCUCCAGCCUUUUCUGGCCAACGAUUUCAGGUCUUAUCCUGAUGGUGGCGCUGGCCUGCGUGGGCAAUCUCCUGUUUGUACAAAGCUCCUGGGCCUUCAGCUCACUUUCCCGCUCCCUUCAGACCCUCCUCUGUCACUGCUGGGGUCAGAGGGCCGUUAAGGGACUCCUCUUCUCUUGGCGUGAUUUCCUUUACCGUGGAGCUCUCCAUCUGUCCUCUGUGGUGUGGACAGCAGUGGUGAUAGGUGUGGUGUCCUCAUUGGUCAGAAGUGCCAAAAGAUCUCACAGCAGAGGAAAUGUCUUCACCGUAGCAGAAUUAGCCGACUACAUCAGACGGAGGGUCUCUGAGUUCACUGGGCAGCAUAGACAAGCAUGGAUUGAAAAUCAUGUGGAACGGAGGACGUAUUACUUUGAGGAGUUUGAAAGCUUAGUAGAUGAACUGUUGUUCAGACUCAACGCCCUCUCAAACAGUCCGCACCACACUCUGCCCCCCAAAGCCCAUCGCUACAAGGAGGAGGACAGUCCUGUCAUCUCACCCACACGGGAGCCCUCCAACAUGGACGCACAGGACCUUGUAAGAACACAAAAGACAGAAGAGAUGAUGAUUAAUGAUCACACAGAUGUCAGUGGCCAUGGAGGACCCCUUCCUGUAUCUCACCUGCUCAGGUCUAAGCUUGAAUUGGAAACACUGCAGUUCCUGCAGCAGAGAGGCCAAAGGAGAGACCAUUCCACCUCAGACAAUGUUUUAGCAUCGGAUACUUCACAUCAACCUGGAACAAAAGCCGAAGAAAACCCAAAAGACAGAGAGCUCCAGACUUAUUUAAAGGCACAAAACUGUCCGUCCCUACCAGAGUCAGCAUCACUAAUCAGGGUUUGGACAGAAGAUGUUCUGGAGAAGCAGGCUGACCAAUGGACUAAAACAAAUGACAACUGCUGCUUAAGUAAGACUCAGGCCACACAUACAGAGGUGGUGGUGGAAGUUCUGGUCCAUGAGGAGCCUGCGAGUGUAGAGCCAGAUAAACAGUAGCGUCCUUAUGGAGAUGACAUUUGUGGCUGGGACACUACAAGCAUUUUUCAAAAGACAAGAUCUGCAAGGUCUGUAUUUUCUAUUCUAUUAAGAUGUAUGUGCCCAGCAUCUUAUUUCAUCUGCUUAAUUAGAAAAUAAUGAAUGUCUGCCAUAUCCUGAUGUGCCCUGAGAGGAGCCACAGGCUAAAUCAGGGCUCCUAUCACUAGGAGGGUAGGAGGAAGAACAUUUCUCUGUUUGCCCUGCUACCAGCCAGACAUGUUACCCUGUUUUAUCCAGUGCGACUAAAGUGAGUUAUUCCUCAGGUUUAUCACUUAGAUAAUGUCAUGCCUCUGUGUUCACUUUAUGACUCAAUUCCCAUGUAAUGGAAUAUUGUUUUUAUUCAAAUAUUAUCUGACUUUGCUUUGACAAUUAAGACGAUUGAGUAGAUGCAUGUGCAAUGUUUUAUGUCAUGCAUCUCCAUUUGUUUGUGUAUUAAUGCAGAUACACCACUUGGUGAUGUCAAAGGGGAAACUCAUCUGAAAUAAAGUCUUUUUUUG